AUGAAGCUCACCAUCGGAUUUCUUGCCCUCGCUUUCCAAGCUGCUGGAGUGCUCUCUGCGAGGACUGCAGAGGAGCAUGCGGCUUUGGUUGAAGAGUGCGGAGAUCUUGGCGUCCUCGAGAUUCCUGAAGGCGCCGAUCCAAGCUUGUACCGUCACUGUGCCGAGCAUCCCAUCGGAGCAGAGCGUCAGUGGGAGGACGCGUCGUUGGCACCGGAAGCCAACAAGCCUCGCAGCGAUGUUGCCAACAUGAAAGGUGCGGAGUUAUUUGCUAGGGCCUGCUACUCUGGAGCUCCUUAUGGCUGCGACAAGGGUUACUGCUGGAAAAUCUGCGGAGACGGAGGACAAUGGUGCUGGACUGCCUUGGGCGAUGGAGGGGGUGCCUGGCGCACUUGUUCUGUGUGGUCUCAGUGCUCGGACUCUCAAGACCAUAAGUGUGGAAAGAAUUGCAAGGAAGGAAGCAAAGCAUGUGGUUGCAGCUGUUAA